AUGGUGUCCUGCUCCGACGAUGUCCGUCACAUGACGGACGAAAGCUCAGAGUGGUGUGAAGAGGACCUACUUGCACAAAACCAAUUCCUCUACAGCUUCCGGUUGGGCCAACUGAUGAAUCCCUCUUCCAACGAACUGAAAGGUAUUACAACAUACGCUUUUAGAGAAGUGGGUUGA